GGUUCUACUGUUUUUAUCCGGGAGCUGGGGUUUUUGUUAUCCUCUUGCUUUUGUUUUGCCUCGUUUCUCUCUCUCCCCCCGUGGCUCUGGUUCUUGCUCCCGUCCAGGAGAAACCCUAGUCCCCAUCGCCUCGCUUGGGAUCUCAAGCUGCUCGGGUUCUUCGAUUCCUUUUUCUUGGAAUCACCGAUUCCAGGUGCGGCCCGCUUCCUUUCCGUCUCUCUCGCGCCGCCGGCGCGAUCUGUGUAUUUAUACGGGUUCCUGCUCUCUUUUGAUCUUUGUUGCUCGGUUCGGCGUUCCUUGGAGGUAGCUCGUGUUCUGACGAAACUUUCGCGCGCCAUAUCUCUGUUGGAUUGAAAAAUCUUGUUCGAAUUUCGUGUUCUUGUUCGUUAAAAUUCCUUCUUCCUUCUUCAAAACUCUGGCUUUCGCUUCGUUCUUAGGUUUUUUUUUAUUUGUAAUCUUUUUUUCGUCGGAUUGUCUAGAAAACUUUGGACUCGAUACAUGAACCCUUGCGGGAUUCGUGUUUUUAUAAUUAAAAUCCGAUCGAUGUUCUGGGAUUGGUCUGUUUGCGCUGUAAUUUCUUGAUUCCUGAGGGUUUUACUUGGUUUUUCUUCUUUUUCUUGUUUUUAUUCCGUUUUUAUGUUUGGUCUUUGAAAAAAGCCGUCACAUUUUGCUCUAGAACAAGGAAAAGCCUUCAUCUUCAGGUGAAAGUCAGAGGCGUGGUCCGUAUUCGGAGCGUAACCGUGUAUUUCUCAUUGCUGGUCAAGAUACGGAAGGUAAUACAUCAUCAUCAGUGGUUUUGUGCAGUAGUCCUUGAACCUUGCGCGUGGCUUGAGGUUUGUCUAGCUCUCACAAGGACGAGCUACUGUCUUGGUCUGCAUGCUGUUUCCUUCUAGAACAUUGGUUGCUUUGAUCUUAUCUGAUGACACCAGUGUCUGCUAAUAAUUGGUUGUAGCUUAAUCUCACUGCGUAGUUUUCUCUCUUAUCUGGAAAUGGACCGUUGUGAUACCUCGGGAUUUGUUAGUGGAGGAGGCAAUUACCUUUUAAAGAGCCUCCGGCCUCUGUUGUAAUGCUUGUUAACUACUUAGUUUCGGAAGUCUGGCUAACUGGUUCUUUUCUGUCGUGGGUUGCUUGAGAUUAGAGAUCCUUCCUGCAAAUAGUGUCUAUGGAUAACAGAUUUGGGCACUCUGGAUUUGCUGUUGGUGCCUCAUCGACAAAUUCUUCCGUGUCUUGGGGCAGAGUUGGAUCAGGGGCCGAAUAUCAUGCAGACACCACAUUAUGCCUUAAUUCCCCUGGCAACUCCGGCCCGUAUUUUAACUUGAUAGGAACAAAGAGGAAGUGGGAUGAUAUUGAUGGAACUCAAGGUCUGAAGAAUGCUUCACUGGCACUAGGUUUAGGGUGUUCAACAAGUUCCUCAGAUAGCAGCAAGAGGAGCUCCACAACUGCUUGUACAAUGGCUUCGCCCAAAGAAACUGAUGAUGAAUCUUCCAUGGAUUUGGGCCUAAGUUUUCGUCUUAAUCUUGGCAAUGAAAAUGCACUGAUCCCCAAGAAACCUGCUGUCGCUACUCGGAAGGAGCCUAAGUUUGACCUUCAGUUAAGUCUUUCAGUGGGGCCAUCUCAAUCUGUUGUUACUAGUCUCAGUCCAGAUUCAGCCCAACAUCAGGAUAUCUUGGACUCAUCAGUAAUGGUUGGUUCAACACCAGCUGUUGAUGAAGGAUCGACAUCGUCUCGAUGGAAACGUGGGAGUAAUUUAUUGCCGUACCCAUAUGCCUCCGAGAAAACUGCUGUAGUUGUUUCUAACCAAAUGAUUCCUUGGAUAUCUGCUUCAGUUCCAGCACCAGAUCUGUCAUCUAACUGGGAGCAGAUGCUGAACAAGCCAGUUGCCUCUACUUCUGGGAUCACCCAUCCACAGCAGCGCAGCAUCAAUACAAAAUACUGCCAGUUCCAGGGAUGUGGAAAAGGAGCCAGAGGUGCUUCUGGGCUAUGCAUAGCCCAUGGUGGUGGGCGCAGGUGCCAGAGACCUGGUUGCCACAAGGGAGCUGAGGGCAGGACGAUCUACUGCAAAGCCCAUGGAGGUGGCCGCCGAUGCGAAUACCUUGGCUGCACAAAGAGUGCUGAGGGCCGGACUGAUUACUGCAUUGCUCAUGGUGGUGGUCGUCGUUGCAGCAAUGAUGGCUGUACUCGAGCUGCAAGGGGAAAAUCUGGUCUAUGCAUCAGGCAUGGUGGUGGCAAAAGGUGCCAGAGGGAGAAUUGCAUCAAGAGUGCAGAAGGUCAUUCUGGUCUAUGCAUCUCCCAUGGGGGUGGCCGUCGCUGCCAAUAUCCACAAUGCACUAAGGGCGCACAGGGCAGCACGAUGUUUUGCAAGGCACAUGGUGGAGGUAAGAGGUGCACAUUUCCAGGCUGCACCAAGGGAGCUGAAGGAAGCACACCCUUCUGUAAGGGGCAUGGUGGAGGGAAGCGUUGUGCAUUCCCAGGUGGUUGUUCAAAGAGUGUGCAUGGUGGAACUGAGUUCUGUGUUGCCCAUGGUGGGGGGAAGAGGUGUGCUGCACCGGAGUGCACUAGGAGCGCUAGAGGGCGGACUGAUUUCUGUGUUCGUCAUGGUGGGGGGAAGCGAUGCAAGUUUGAGGGUUGUGGGAAGAGCGCUCAGGGAAGCACUGAUUUCUGCAAGGCACAUGGGGGAGGUAAGCGCUGCUCUUGGGGCCAAGCAGGUUCAGUUUUUGGUGCUGGUGGCCCCCCAUGUGAUCGCUUUGCCAGGGGAAAAAUUGGGCUCUGUGCUGCACACACCGCCCAGGUGGAAGACCAUCGUGUUCACGGUGGCCACAUAGCCGAGAAGAUGAAAGAGGUGGUUGUUGAUCGAGACAUGUUCACCAAUAUGGAAACUGGCAGGCAAAGUCAAUCGAGUUGGAGUGGGCAUCAGAAGUCAGCAAUGCAUCCUGUAGUUUCUCUUCCAGAAGGUAGAGUGCAUGGUGGGAGUUUAAUGGCAAUGCUAACUAGUGAUGCAGGUCUUGGGAGCCACUCUGGAAGCCAAGUCGAGAGUGUUAAUUCUGAGCAGGGUGUACCACAUACUUUUGCUCCCAACUGGUUGUAAGGACAAAGCAGUGAGACCUGUCUGUUCCCAUUGCCGUGCUGUUUGAUUUGGUUCUGGCACAGUAUGCUCUGCUGUGGUGCUCAGGUUUUUCUUUUUUUAGCGACUCCAUGUGUGGAAAUAAGAAAAAUCAAGCUUUUCUCGUUCAUUGGUGGCUAGGACUUGUAUGUAAUUCGGUUGAUUCCCCUUUUAGAGAUAAUAAGGGGGAAAAAAAGGUUUGGACUAAACUCAUAAGGUGUUUAGUCAGCAAAUUUAGUGUUUUAGGCACUAGUGUUUGGUUCAGUAGUUUUAUUCUUAACAAAUUGUAGAUAUGGAGUCCUGUGAAUACAUAAUCAACUGUUCGGGUGCUUCAUGUUGAAACAUGCUAGACUAAUGAAAUUGCUACCUCUUUAUGUGUGAUUGUA